AUGAAGACGUCAAUUCAGAGUUCGAACGAUGGAAAUGAACCACUCGGCGUCCUUAUAAUCGGAGGCUGCGGCUUUGUGGGUUACCACCUUGUGUGUCAUUUUGUUUCGAAUUCGAACUUCUCUCCUGUAGCCGUCGCCAGUCGUUCUGCCAAACAAAGCAAAAAUCAAGUGAGUGGAUCGACUUACCACAAUGUUGAUCUUACCGAUGCCUCUUCGAUAGAGAAAUUAAUCGAUAAUCUCAAACCUACAGUCAUUAUGCACGUUGCAUCUCCAUCUCCCGUGACAGGGACAGCGAAUGAUUACGACAGGGUAGCGAUCCAAGGCACGAAAGAUCUUCUCCGCAUCGCGAAAAAGUCGAAGGAUGUACAAGUGCUUGUUUACACUUCAUCUUCACUUCUUUGCAGCGGAUCAAAACACGUAAAUCUUACCGAAGAAUCUCCUCUCGCCGACAGCGACCCCAGAGCGCCUGCAUAUGCAAGAACUAAAGCACAGGCAGAGAAAUUAAUCUUGAGUGCAAACAACCCCUUGUCAUUAGACGACUCUAAAAACAAAGCCUUCUCAUGCGAAGGUUAUCUUUGCACAGGCGCUCUGCGAUUCCCAAUUAUCUACGGAACGCAUGAUCCGAUAUGUAUACCCGGUGCGUUGAACGCCCUGGAAAAGCGCAGAACAAACGUGGUUCUGGGCGAUGCCAACAAUCUCUGGAGUUUCUGCAGUGUUCAAAACGCAGCAUCUUCACAUGUUCUACUCGCGCGAGCUCUCCUUGACACGCGCCAGCGAAAAUGCUCCAAUCUUACAUCGGCAGACGGAGAAGCAUUCCAUAUCUACGAUGGCGAAGCACGGAAGUUCUGGGGGUUCGCAAGGAUGAUUUGGCAAUUUGCGGGCUACACAUCGAACGAUGAGCGGAUUUACCAUUUGCCAACGUGGUUUGCGUUGGCUCUUUCGUCGGUGUUGGAAUUUGUGUUUUGGAUUUUUACAUGUGGGAGGAAACGACCGUAUCAGUUGGGGAAAAAGCAGGUGGAGUAUGCACUGUUUGAGCAUACGUAUUGUAUUGAAAAAGCGAGGAAGGUGUUGGGGUAUGAGCCGAUUCAAGAUUUUGAGGAGGGGCUUAGGAAGGCGGUGGCUGGGUCGCUAGAGCAUGGUGGGUGGAGAUAG